GUCGGUGGUGGUGGGGAAGGGGAGAUUUCCUAUAGAGGACUUUAUAUAGGACAGACUUUAUACAGAGGAGACUCGGGGUCUUUUUUUUAACGUCUUCAACUGCUGAAGGUUUUAUCUCCUCUCAGACUCACUCUCCUUGUCAUCACCCAGCCUAUGAUUAUAAGAGAACAGAGCCCCGUCCAUCCCCACAGCCCCACAAAGUCCAAGACUACUUCUCACCACACUCAGUAAUUGCCCUCCUCUGGGGCAGGUAUGCUCUUCAUGCAUUUAUUUGUUGUUUUAAUAACUAUUUAAUGAGUGCCUCCUUUGUGCCAAGCACAAUGUCAAACGUGAGAGGAAGUGGAGGUUAUGACAAACUCGCUCACAGAGCAUACAUUCUACUGGAGGAAUCAUUGAGCAGGCAUUAUUUGCAGUGCUCUCAGGAUGUAAUUAUAGUCCUGAAAUAGAAAAUAAUGAGGGUGAGGGGAUUGGCAACUUUACAAAGGGUAGUCAGAGGGGCCUAUCUAUGACUGAAAGAUGAGAGGGAGCCAGAUAUGGGAAGGGCCAGGUGAAGAGCAUCCUGGGCAGAGGGAACUGUAAGCCCUGAGGCCCUGCUGUGGGAGAAAGGCUGGUGGGUCUGGAGUAUAGUGACCCAUCUGAGGGGUGGGUGCAGAACAGAAGGAACCAGUAAUGAGUUCACGGAGAUUGGCAGGAGUCAGGUGAUAAGAAUCUUAUAGGCCAUGGUGAGUGGGGAAGGAAUGAGUCAGGUUUCUGGCUUAGGCAACAGGGUGUAUGGGAUGCUUCUUACUGAGAUAGGAAGACUCAAGUCGGACUGGGCUUUAGGAGAAAUUAAAGUUCUGUUUGGGGACAUCUGUGAGAGCGCAAAUAGGUUUGUUUAAAAAAACAACCUAGGGGGGCUUCCCUGGUGGCGCAGUGGUUGAGAGUCUGCCUGCCGAUGCAGGGGACACGGGUUCGAGCCCUGGUCUGGGAAGAUUCCACAUGCCACGGAGCAACUAGGCCCGUGAGCCGCAGUUACUGAGCCUGCGCGUCUGGAGCCUGUGCUCCGCAACAAGAGAGGCCGCGAUAGUGAGAGGCCCGCGCACCACGAUGAAGAGUGGCCCCCACUUGCUGUAACUGGAGAAAGCCCUCGCACAGAAACGAAGACCCAACACAGCCAUAAAUAAAUAAAUAAAUAAAUGGAUCAUCACGUUAAAAAAAAAAAACAACCUAGGGACUUCCCUGGUGGCACAGUGGUUAAGACUCCACGCUCCCAAUGCAGGGGCCAGGGUUCGAUCCUUGGUCAGGGAACUAGAUCCCACAUGCAUGCCACAACUAAGGAGCCUUCGAGCCACAACUAAGGAGCCCACAUGCCACAACUAAGGAGCCAGCGAGCCACAACUAAGACCCAGCGCAACCAACUAAAUAAAUAAAUAUUUUUUAAAAAUAAUUUAAAAUAUAAACCUAAAUGCUCAACUGUCAGGCGGUUGGAAAUGGGUCUGGACUAAAGGAGAGUUGGAAAUGGCCCUGUACUGGGAGCAUGAAUCACUUACUCCAGAGGUCCCCAACCCCCGGGCCAUGGACCAGCAUCAGCCUGUGGCCUGUAAGGAAUCGAGCCGCACAGCAGGAGGUUAGCACCUCAUCUGUGGGUACUUUCCCAAAGCGAGUGAAAAUUGUGGAAGUUGGUCCCCGAGACGGACUACAAAAUGAAAAGAAUAUUAUACCUACUCCAAUGAAAAUCAAACUGAUAGACAUGCUUUCCGAAGCAGGACUCCCUGUUAUAGAAGCCACCAGCUUUGUGUCUCCCAAAUGGGUUCCCCAGAUGGCUGACCAUGCUGAAGUCAUGAAGGGCAUCCAGAAAUUUCCUGGCAUCAGCUACCCAGUGCUGACCCCAAAUUUCAAAGGCUUCCAGGCAGCGGUUGCUGCCGGAGCCAAGGAAGUGGCUGUCUUUGGAGCUGCCUCCGAGCUCUUCAGCAAGAGGAACAUCAACUGCUCCAUAGAUGAGAGCGUGCGGCGGUUUGACGAAAUCCUGAAGGCAGCUCGGGCGGCCAGUAUCCCUGUGCGGGGGUACGUCUCCUGUGUGCUUGGAUGCCCUUACGAAGGGAAGAUCUCCCCGGCCAAAGUAGCUGAGGUCGCCAAGAAGAUGUACUCGGUGGGCUGCUAUGAGAUCUCUCUGGGGGACACCAUUGGCGUGGGCACUCCCGGGACCAUGAAGGAUAUGCUGUCCGCUGUCAUGCAUGAGGUGCCAGUGGCUGCCCUGGCUGUCCACUGCCAUGACACCUAUGGCCAGGCCCUGGCCAACACCUUGAUGGCCCUGCAGAUGGGAGUGAGCGUCGUGGACUCUUCUGUGGCGGGACUUGGAGGCUGUCCCUAUGCACACGGAGCAUCGGGAAACUUGGCCACCGAGGACCUGGUCUACAUGCUGGCCGGCUUGGGCGUUCACACGGGUGUGAACCUCCAGAAGCUCCUGGAAGCUGGGGCCUUUAUCUGUCAAGCCUUGAACAGAAGAACCAGCUCCAAAGUGGCUCAGGCUACCUGUAAACUGUGAGCCCCUUGCCCCCCGAAGCCCUGGGGACUGUGUGGGAAUAGGGACAUGUGUGGAUGACUCACAGAUGGGCAUGUGGAAAUGGGAAUGAAAUCAACAGGAGUAGGCACCUCACUGCCAGCUCUGCACCUAGGUCUCUCCUGGCGGAAAGGAGGUGGACUGGAGUUGCCCGGCCUCAGGCCCUCCCUGCCUGACCCGAGGAUGAGUGAGAGGCUUGGGCAGCUGGAGGUCUCCCUUCACCAUGGACCCAAAGGCCCAGGAGUUGGAUGCCUGAGGGCACUUGGGAACCCAAUUCUCUGACUUGGGUUGAUCCUCAAGUCUCAUCUCUGGGUGAAACCUGCCAGUUGGCCACUCUACACAGCUUGAUGCUGCCAUAUCCUUGGGGCCAUCGCUCGCUGACUUUGUAGGGCAAAGGGGCAGGGAGGAGUUUUUUCCUCAGCUGGCAGAGGGCAUUUGGUGAAGGGGUGAGGGCUGAGCUGUGGUGUGGCCACCUGCCAACUCCAGCACCUCUGGAAAAUCUCCACUUCGAACAUGAUUGUUGAAAACAGCUUACGUAAUUAAAGGUUUAAUGACAUAA